AUGACAAACAACUUUGCCGCUGAGCUGUGGGGAUUAAGGGAGGGCCUUCUUCUAUGCAGCAACCUCAACAUCACCUCUCUUGAAAUUGAGCUUGAUGCCAAGUCUAUUGUGGAUGCCUUAGGAAAUCCUUCAUAUGUUAAUAACGUCAUAUCACCGUUAUUGGAUGAUUGCAGGCUCUUGAUUUCUCACAUACCGCAGGUUUGUAUUAAACAUUGCUUCCGUCAGGCGAACAGAUCUACGGAUAGUCUUGCUAGGAUGAGCUUUUGUCUAGAUGUUGAUUUUUCUUCUUUUGAUAGUCCGCCUGUGGACUUAAUUGAUGUUGUUAAGGAUGACCUCAAUGGGAUGUUUUUUAAUAGGGUCUGUACUGAGAUUGUUGCUGUUUCUUAG